AUGACAAAAAGGACUGAGAGGGGAGAAGAUGAGACGGUUAUGUAUGUUACCCUUGCUUGUACUCAUGGUGGGAAGGCCCGUAAUAGGACUUUCAAUGUCACCAACCCAUGCCCGACAGGAAAGACAAAACAUAAGGUAAAAAUUAAUGCCUUAAAAUCUGAUGGAAAUCUUCGGUUGACUACAGUUCAUAAUAUUCAUAACUACAGCAUCAGUCCAAAGAAAUCUCCUUUUUUUCGAUGUAAUAGAGAAGUGAGUGACUCCGUAAAAAGAGUCUCAGAUACAAAUGAUUUGGCUGGCAUCCGAAUGAAUAACAGUUUUGGAUCUCUUGUUGUUGGCGCAGGCGAAUUCGAAAACCUCCCAUUUUUUGAAAAUGAUUGUCGUAAUUACAUCAACAAGGCAAGACAUCUACAACUUGGCAUUGGUGGUGCUAGUGUGCUUCGAGAGUAUUUUUGUAGGAUGCAGUACAAAAAUCUUGAAUUCUUUGCAUUGAUGGAUUUAGAUGAUGAGAGAUCUCCAAUUGAGAAGAGGUUCCAAGAUUUGUACAUAUAUGCUAAAUUUAAGGAAGUUCAGCUUCAAAUUACAGGUAUCAUUGAUAAGAAUCCAAAGUUACAUAAGAUUGAUGGUGCGGUAAAGACCUAUCUGGUAGAUGAUGAAGUUCAUUUGGAAGAGUUCACUAAACUGGUUACACAUUCUGUGGACUCUAGUAAGGGGGAUACCGCUGCAAAGUGUUCUUGUGGAUUAUUCCAGAUGAUGAGGAUAUUGUGUCGGCACAUUUUGGCUGUGUUCAAAUGUAACAAGAUAAAAAUUUUGCCAGAUAGGUACAUUUUAAAUCGAUGGAGGAAGGAUAUCAAAAGGCGAUAUACAUUAAUCCACAAUAGCUAUGAUGCAGGAGAACAACAGGCAUAUUCUAAUAGAUAUUCAAAGUUGUUGAAUAUCUGUUAUCAAAUGAUUACUAAUGCAGCGAAUUCGAAAGAACAUACUGAGUAUGCGAAAACUAAGUUGUAUGCAAUGAUUGAGUUAUAUCGUGCCAACUAA